AUGAACUCGUUCAUCCGGGGCCGUCGGACCGUCCUCUCAAUCACAAAACGCCUCUUUCUACUACAACUUGUCCUCUUUUUGUUUUCUCUUCUCCUCACAUCGUUAGCCGAAGAAUCCUCUACAUCUACCACAACUCAACCAUUACCUACAUCCCAAUCCUUGUCUAAAACAACACCCAACUCCUCCUCCCAACCAACUCACAGUCAUCGGCCAAAACGUCGACGGAAAGUGGUGUGGUUGGAGGACGAAGAUGAGGAGGAAGAAGGUGAAGUUGUCUACAGAGGACGACGGAGUUCGGGACGCUACGUGUACGAUGGGAACGCCAACGAAGGCUACAGGGCGAGUAGAAGGAAGGAAGUUCCGGUCAACUACCGGCUACACGACGAUCUGCUACGGAACUACAACAAAGGAGCCCGACCGGUCAAACAUCCGAGUGAGAUUGUCAACGUUUCCAUGUCAGCGUUCUUGUAUCAGAUAUUCAAGUUGGUAGGUCUUGUUUUUGGUAUAUUUUCUUGUAAAUAUUGUUACGUUUUUUUACUUUUUAAGGGAUUUUAUUCAAUUUUUUAAAAAACUUUGAUAUCAUAUUUUGAAAAAUUUAAUUUUCAAAUUAUUCGUUUUUAUGUCAAAAACGUUGACCACGUGAGUAUGUUCCCCUAAUUCCCAGGUAAUUUGAUGGGAAUUUAGAUCGAAUUUUACUUUCGUUUCCAUAGUAAACACAUUGUUUUUGCAAAUUGGUAUUUGGCGACAAAUUACGCCAUUAUUUCAAUAUUUUUGACAAAAAAUGUCAUAAUUUACAUAAAAAUCUAUUUUUAGUUCAGAAGAUAUAUUGGUUUUCAAUUUUUUUCAAUUUUAAUACAAUAUGAUCGAAAAUAUGUGAAAAUAAGCAGUUAACUGCAGUUUUAUUUAUUUUUUUAUUUUGUGACAAAUUUCAAAUUCAAAAGUUGGUGACAUGUAUUAUAAUACAAAUGAAUAUAAAUCUUAAAGUCAUUUUUGCAUUUCCUGACCUUUUGGGGCAUUAGCAGUAGACUAGCCGUGAGUUAUAUGCUCUCUUAGCAGCUCAUAAAUAGUAAUGACUCCAUUUUUCGACAAGAUACGUAACUAACUUAAUGGUAAUUUCAGGACGCUGUAAAGAACACAAUCAGCUUAUCAGGGAGCUUUGAAUUGGUGAGUUUUUUUUUAAUUUUGGGUAAUUUUAUUUAUUUUUGGCAUUAUUAUUGUGAGUUUUUAAUUUUUUGUAAAAUUUUGGUUUCGGAAGGGCAAAAUGGUCUAAAAUUUCGGGUUUUUUGGGUUUAAAUGACUUAAAAUUGUGAUUUUUCGAUCAAUUUUGGUACGUAAAAUAAGUCAGUAGGAACUUUGGAAUUUGUAGCCGAUCAACUGA